AUGGUAGCAUUGAUGGGUUUAGCAAAAGAUUGGCGAGAUCUCAUGCUUUACAAUGAGAAUACAUCUAAGUGCACAGUGGCACUUCAGGCGCAAAUCAACUUCCGUACUGACUCUAGCCACAUUGCAGUUUGA